UAUCGCUAACGGUCCAAGCAUAUUCUGUUCCCAGCAUAUUCUGCCAAGCCAGCAUGUCAGACUGUAUAUUCCUCCGGUUGGCGGGGAAUAUACCACAUGUUUUAGUUUUGAGAGAAUGGCUCUUCCACUCCGGCGGCGGCUCCCCUUGGCGCAGUCUUAGUUGAAUUCCAGCUCCAGGGAAUUCCCGGCGAUCCUCCCGGAUGCCUGGAAGCAGCGCUGCCUAGAUUCGUGCCCGGCGCCUGGCGAGCGCGUCCUCGUCCUCGUCCUCGUCGGUCGUCAUCGCCCUCGCCAAAUCGAAAUCCGGGGCAGCAAUGCAGCGGGGGAGAGGGAUUAGCUAGCGGGAAGCUGUGGCAUCGCAGCGCUGGAUGGAUCGCCCGGUCCCCGGGGGCGGCAAGGGCAGCAGGGAGAGGAAGGGUUGGGAGGUGGGCGAGAGCAGCGGCGCCAGGCACCACGUCCCGGCGCCGCUGCCCUCAUUCAACCGAUGGAGCGGAGUGGCGGUGCCCCUGCCCGAGCCGCGCACGCCACGGACCAGCCGCAACUCGGAGAAGAGGCGCCUCCAAAAGCUCUUUAGGCUGGAGAAACAGGCAGCUACCUUGAAUGAGGAAAUUAGCCAAGCCAAGCAGGCACCCAGGGUCUCCAUCACUUGCAAAGAAGUCGCGGAGUUCAUUGAGAGCCGGGGCCGGGAAGAUCCUUUCGUCACAAAUCACAAUUCCAGGCCGUCCUGGAAUCGAUGGCUCGGGUCGCCGGCAGGAAGACGAAGAUUUUCUGGGUGCUGGUGCUUCUCCUAGGCCUCACCAAAGAAGAGUAGAGAAUUCCUUUCCCGUGACACACAAAACAGAAGAAAUUUUCUUGCUUGAACCCACAUGUUUUUUUUUUUUUUUUGGUAGUUUUCUGGAGCACAAAAGAAAUUUUCUUGCUUGAA